GAGGCCGCGGGCUGGGGCUCUGGUGUCCUGUAGCCGGAGCGGAGCGCGGCGCCCGAGCCCACCAUGUCCCUGGCGGCGGCGGCGGCGGCGCGGGGCCCGGGGGCCGUGUGGUCCCCGACUCACGUCCAGGUGACGGUGCUGCAGGCGCGGGGCCUGCGGGCCAAGGGGCCGGGGGGCACGAGCGACGCGUACGCGGUGAUCCAGGUGGGCAAGGAGAAGUACGCCACGUCUGUGUCCGAGCGCAGCCUGGGAGCGCCCGUGUGGCGGGAGGAGGCCACCUUCGAGCUGCCGCCGCUGCUGUCCGACGGCGCCGCCGCCACCCUGCAGCUCACCGUGCUGCACCGCGCGCUGCUCGGCCUCGACAAGUUCCUGGGCCGCGCCGAGGUGGACCUGCGGGAGUUGCACCGCGCCCAGGGCCGCAGGAAGACGCAGUGGUUUACCUUGAAAUCUAAACCUGGAAAGAAGGAAAAGGACCGAGGAGAGAUCGAGGUUGAAAUCCAGUUCAUGAGAAACAACAUGACCGCCAGCAUGUUCGACCUCUCCGUGAAGGACAAGUCUCGGAACCCAUUUGGGAAGCUGAAGGACAAGAUCAAGGGCAAGAGUAAGGACAGUGCGUCAGACACGGUGUCUGCCAUCGUCCCUGGCUCCCAGCCCUCCGGAGACAGCGAUGACGAGUCAUCUUUGAAAGACAAGAAGAAGAAAUCCAAGAUAAAGACCCUGUUCUCCAAAUCUGCUUUGCAGAAAACGCCACUUUCCCAGUCCAUGUCAGUCCUGCCCACGUCCAAGUCAGACAGAGUGCUGCUCCGUCCCGGAGACUUCCCAUCCCGAUGGGGGGACGACGAGGAGGAUGAAGAGGACGAGCCCUCGGCUGCUUCUGACGUCUCGUCUCACCGGAGGGCGGCAGCCGCGGACCCCAGGCCGCCUGGCCAGAUCAGCCUCAGCCUCCCCAGGAAGGACGGGCUCUCGCUCCUCGGCGGCCUGCGCUCCAAGAACGACCUGCUGUCACGCUCCAAUGUCUGCAUCAACGGGAGCCACGUGUACGCGGAGCCGCCCGAGGCCCGGGAUAGCCCACCCUCCGCCUCGCCCUCGCCCCAGAGCGCCAGGAAGAGGCAGCUCUUCUCGUCCACCGAGAACCUGGCCGCCCGGCCCUGGAAGGAGCCUGCGGAGGGAGGGGCAGCGUCUCCCGAGCCCCCCUCGGCCAGGGCCCCCGCCCGCGACCCCAGGGAGAGCCCCCCGUCGUCGCACUUAGAGACCGGCAGAGACGCCAAAGAGACCAAGAGGCAGGAGGGCAAGAAGGCCUCUUUGCUCUCACUGGUGACAGGAAAGAAGGACUCGGCCAGGGCCGGCGAGGGCGACAGCCCCCCUGCCGCACCCAGGAAGGAGAAGGAAGCCAGACCCGCGGAGGGUGGGGUGCGGCCCGUGGAAGCGCCGGCCAGGCGGGCGGAGGAUGGCACUGCAGGCGUCUCCGAGAGGGUGCCGGCCCCGAACCCCUUCGAAGAGGCCCACGUCGCGGACCCGGAAGCUGGCUCAGAGCCCCCGUCGGAGCCCAUGGCACCUGUGCCCGCCGCCAGGGCCCCUCAGACCAAAGCCGUCAGACCCCGACCCCAUCCUGUGAAGCCAAUGAACACGACAGCCACCAAGAUUGCUAACUCCAGCUUGGGAACGGCCACCGUCAUCAGCGAGAAAUUGAUCAACGAAGCCCUGAUGAAGAAAUACAAUCCCUCGGACCCUGCUUUUGCCUACGCACAGCUAACCCACGACGAGCUCAUCCAGCUGGUCCUCAAGCAGAAGGAAGCAAUAAGCAAGAAAGAGUUUCAGGUCCGAGAGCUGGAAGAUUACAUCGACAACCUGCUGGUGCGGGUCAUGGAAGAAACCCCCAACAUCCUCCGUGUUCCAGCUCAGGUCGGCAAGAAAGCAGGAAAGAUGUGAAUCAGCGGCCCCCGGUGUGAGCCGCCUAGCGUGAGACUUUGCUCCCUGCUGCUCCUGAGGUCUGGGCCUCGGAAGGCUGAUAACCAGCGCCCGGGCGCCAGGCUGCCAUCUCCCUGUCCUUAUCUGGCAAGACUCAGUUCGACCCACCGAAGGCCAGGUUAAUUAUUACAAUGACUCUUCUUCCUGUACAUCCGGGGUUUGGUUUGUAAAUGCCACUGUGCCUUUAACUGUGCUGUAAAUAUUUUAUGCCCUGACUGGAGGGAGACGUGAUCAUACGAUCUGAUCACAGCCUUAGAGGUUUGGGUGGCCCUGAGGCAUGAAUGUAUUUUUCACAUUGGGGAUUUUCUUUCUUUAAGAUUUUACAGUUUGUAGCACCUAGUCAUUAAAGCUUGGGGUGAAAUGCGAAGGGUCUCAGACGCCAUGUUACAUGUGCUUUCUUCAGAGGACCUCAGAUAUGGCAGCAAACACGUCUGAACCCCCGGGCUUCUCACCGUGGGCCUCACUGCUCUGAGUGGAGCAGAGGCGUUCCCCCCACGCGUGCCCCCAGCUCCCGGCUCAGCCUUACGUGCUCUGCAUGGCUCGUGGGGUGCCUGGGACUCUCCCCGGGAGGUCGGCCUGAGUCCCUUGGUGCAGGAGGCAGGUUCCUGCUGGCUGGCGCCCUCAGCAGCAUCUUGCUUAGGGACUGGGGACCCAAAGCUUCUGCGGCCCCCGUGGUCCCUUGCACACUGCCAGACAUUUUCCCCUUUGUUAGAUUAUUGUGAACAGUAAGAAAAUUACACCAUUUUCGACAUCACUGUUCUUUUAAAAACUAGAUUGAGGGGCUGGAGCGAUAGCACAGCGGGUAGGGUGUUUGCCUUGCACAUGGCCAACCCGGGUUCGAUUACCAGCAUCCCAUAUUAUCCCAUAUGGUCCCCUAAGCACCACCAGGAGUAAUUCCUGAGUGCAAAGCCAGGGAGUAACCCCUGAGCAUUGCUGGGUGUGACCCAAAAAACAAAACAAAAAACCAAACUAGAUCAAGACAUACUAUUUUUGUUUGUUUGUUUGUUUAGGCCACACCUGGUAAUGCUCAGGGGUUGCUCCUGGCUUUGCUAAGGAAUUACUCUUGGCGGUGCCUGGGGGACCAUAUCUAUGGAAUGCUGGGGAUGAACCCAGGGCCACCAUAUGCAGGGCAAACACCUACCCACUGUAUUAUCGCUGUGGCCCCAUGACCUGAUUCUGAUAUUGUAUAUUUUGGGUGGGGGGGUGCUUUUUUGCUCACUUUCCACUCCUGGUUGUGAUGGAAUCUCCGUACCUCGUGACAUUUCUCCUGGGGGAAGAGUCCCAGGCCAGCCUGUGGACAGGCGUCAGAAUGGGGGCAGUUACUGGGACAGUGUCUCGCCUUGCCUGUGAGAGAUUGAGGCGUCUGAAUUCGUCUCACGGGAUUGCCUUUACAUCAGUUACGUCAGAGCACUUUAAUUUGAAGGAUGACUCUGUAGCUCAUCUAAUUAACUUCAUUCUCUGUAGCUAUUUUAUUUAAUACCUUCCUGCAAUACUGGAGACUGCUGUAUACUUCUCAGAUGAUGUGUAUUUUUGUAGCCUAUAAAAUGUAUUCACUUAGCUCUGAGGAGAGCCAUAUAGUCACUUGAACUCUGAAAAAUUACGCAUAUAUAUUUUGCAAUUUUUUUUCACUGGACAUCAAUGUAUUUUUGACUGUGAUAACCCACGUGCACUCCUUUGGAGAGCACUGGGGAGAUUACCUUGUGCAUGAAGGUGGUUGGCUUGAUGACGGUCUGCUGCCACGACCGUGGGCAUGUCAACUUGGAUUAGUAUUCGGGAGCACGUUGGAGCGGGACCUCUGUGUAGGAGAGUGAAUUCCUGUGCUCUGAAAUGCCACUGGGGAGCUCCAGGAAUGAAGGACAAUGUGCUGUGUCUGCUUCUGCCACUGGUGGGUUAAGAACUGAGUCCACAACAUUCCUGCACCCAGCACACCUGCAGGGGAUGAGCUGUCAGUGUGCCCGUGGGACCCGCAGUGGCAGAGAGCUGAGGGUGGGAGGAUGGGCAGGGGAAUUGGGUGCUGCUUUGUGGCCAGGGGCAGGGGUCUGGGGCCAACAGCCCUGCAGCCCCGGGAGAGUGGGCCUCGCCCUUGCUGCUAAAUGCUACUUUCUCCGAGGUGCUCUGGGAGCUUCCUGUGGCCCAGUCAGGCAGCAGCAGCCCUGGCCUUGGCCUUGCCCAGCCGCCUGCAGAAGGAGCCCAGGACACAAGGAAGCGUCUGGUUCAGAACAACCCCCUUGCAGCUAACUGGAGAUCCAUUUCCUGAAAACGCCGUCAACCCUUUGCCUCAGGGUCUCACAUCAUCUCCUUCCUCCAACACGGGCUGUUUUUGAUCCGCCACCCGCCCGCCGCUCCCCUUGUUCCUGUGUCAGCCACAGGCGGGGCAGCCAAUGGAGGGGCGAGUACACCAGCCCUUCGCCAAGGCUGAGCGGAUGCCUGAGCUGGGGAGGUCUUGGCACAUGCGCCCCAGGGCGGGGCUGGGAGACCCACGCAUGAUCCCAGCUCAGCUGACAGUCGGGGCUCAGGGGACCGAGGGAGCAGGGCCACAGACUCAGCCACUUUCAGGCACAUGUGAAGUCAUUCUGGAUCGGCCCUCCAUGGGUUCCUGCUACUUUCUGUCUUUUUUAUUCCUUUUUUUUUUUUUUAAAGAAAUACUAGUUAAUGAUCCUUCCUGCCUGAAAGAGGAAUCAGGUUGGUGGGGGUGAGACGGCCCCCCUACAGCACUGCAGUCUCAUCUCUGCUGUCUCUGGCCUAAUCUGGGCGCUGCCAGCUCGACCUUUGCCUCCCUCCAGUGGAGGCGGCCCCAGCAUGUUUUGCGUUAUUGGAUCAUUUCCUGCUUCAGGAAUUUGGGAUUUCUUUGCUUUCAU